AUGGUGGUGAUGCUGACGAAAGAAAUGAGUGGUGGUGGUCCAAAGGUGGAAGAGGGUCAGCAAUUUGUGGCGGUGGCCGUGAAGGGUUUGAUCGGAGACAAACUAGGCGGCGCAGGAAGUCGCCGUGCUGUAAGGUGGGCCGUCGAUAAUCUUUUACCUAAGGCUGAUAGGUUCGUGUUGGUUCACGUUAUCCCAACCAUUACUUCUAUUCCUACCCCUACCGGAGAGAGGUUGCCGGUGGAGGAAGUGGAGGAGAGGGUGGUGGAAAUGUAUGUGAGAGAUGUGAAAAAAGGAUUUGAAAAAGUCUUUGUUCCCUUCUUGAAAAUGUGCAAGAGUACUAGUGUUACCAAGGUAGAGACUCUAUUGCUAGAGUACGACGAUCCUGCGAAAGCACUUCUCAGAUUCAUAUCCAAAUCAGGUGUUAACAGUUUGGUUAUGGGAUCAUUCACUUCAAACAUAUUCACCCGGAGAACAAGAGGUCCAGGAGUACCAUUGACUGUCUUAAAAUACGUACCAGGAACAUGUGAAGUAUACAUUGUGUGUAAAGACAGAAUCACUACAAAAUCUAUGGAUACGUUACUCAUCGGAGAGCCGUGCACAAGUCCAUCCGCAGCCUCGACUAAUUCCCAUGUCUUCCUGAGAGACUGGGCGGCUAGUUUCCAUAGUGUACGGUCUCAAACGUUACCCGAUCCUCUUCAUUCUACAGAGGCAGGCACGAGGAGGUCAGCAUCAGCCAGAGAGCUGAAACUAGAUGCAUUAAGCCUUCCUGAUAAUAGACCCCAAACGACGUCAACUCCAACUAGUAAGGCUUCUAGUACAACAUUUCAAGACAUUUUAAGGAGGCGUGGAGGAUCAGAUAUACCGCAGCUAAAUUACUCAGAUUUUGAUGAGACUUGUACCGAAACUCAAUCCAAUCUUGAGAACAACGUUAGCGAACAGAGAAGCUCUGGUUCCCAACCCGUGACAUCAAGAAAAUCCAAGAAGGUUGAGAUUGAAACAGAGGUCGAGCGUUUGAAGAAGGAGUUACAAAGUACGGUUGUUAAAUAUAAACAAGCUUGUGAAGAGCUUUCCUCCACACAAAGCAAGGUUCAAAUGCUUUCCACUGAAUGUUCGAAAGAAGCUAGACUAGUGAACAAUGCCGUGGAGAAAGAAGCAUUGCAGAGGAAAACCGCGGCGCUGGAGAAAGAGCGGCACAUGAAGGCGGUGAAAGAGGUUGAAGCUGCGAAAGCGUUGCUUGCAAGAGAGUUUUGUCAGCGACAGAUCGCGGAGGUGAAUGCUUUAAAGACUUACUUGGAGAAGAAGAAAGUGAUCGAUCAGCUUUUAGGUCUCGAUCACCGGUACAGGAAAUACACAAUUGAGGAGAUUGUUACAGCCACCGAAGGAUUCUCACAGAAAAAAGUGAUUGGAGAAGGAGGAUAUGGCAAAGUUUACCGUUGUAGCCUUGAUAGCACGCCGGCGGCUGUUAAGGUUGUCCGGCUAGAUACACCGGAGAAGAAACAAGAGUUCUUGAAAGAGGUUGAGGUUCUAAGCCAACUCCGACACCCACAUGUGGUUCUUCUCCUCGGAGCUUGUCCGGAGAAUGGUUGUUUGGUUUACGAGUAUUUGGAGAAUGGAAGCCUCGAGGAAUAUAUAUUUCACAGGAAAAAUAAACCGCCUUUGCCUUGGUUUAUCCGGUUUAGGGUAAUUUUCGAGGUAGCUUGCGGUUUAGCCUUCUUGCACAGCUCAAAACCGGAACCAAUUGUUCACCGCGACCUAAAACCGGGAAACAUCUUGUUAAACCGGAACUAUGUGAGCAAAAUCGCGGAUGUCGGAUUAGCCAAGCUGGUUACAGAUGUUGCACCGGAAAAUGUCACGAUGUACCGACAUUCGGUUCUUGCUGGUACAUUGCAUUACAUUGAUCCGGAAUACCAUAGAACCGGAACAAUUAGAACAAAAUCGGAUCUUUACGCUUUCGGUAUAACCAUUCUUCAGCUGUUGACAGCUCGUCAGCCGAACGGGCUUGUACCAGCGGUCGAAAACGCGGUAAAGAAAGGAACGUUAACCGACAUGCUAGAUAAAUCGGUUACCGAUUGGCCUUUGGCUGAAACCGAAGAGUUGGCUAGGAUCGGUUUAAAAUGUGCGGAAUUUCGAUGCCGAGAUAGACCGGAUCUUGAAUCGGAAGUUAUACCGGUUUUGAAACGGCUACUAGAGACAGCAAGUUCGAAAAUAAAGAAAGAAGGAAGCAAUUUACGUGCACCAAGUCAUUACUUUUGUCCAAUCAUACGGGAGAUAAUGGAGGAGCCAGAGAUUGCAGCCGAUGGAUUCACAUACGAGAAGAAAGCAAUCUUAGCGUGGCUUGAGAAACACAACAUUUCACCAGUGACUCGACAAAAGCUCGACCACUUCAAGCUUACACCAAACCAUACACUCCGGUCUGCGAUUCGCGAUUGGAAAUCAAGAAUCCGGUUUUCUAAUGAUAGUGUUUAAUACAACUGCCUAAUAUGUUUUCUCCUUGAUUUGAAGUUGCAGUAUUUUUUAGUUAAUUAUACAUGCAUGUAAAUUAUAUAUGGAUUGUAAAUUGUGAUAUUUAU